AUGCCCAUGUACACCGCGCCCGCUCUGCUCGUAGGCCUGGGUACCCGAAUCCUCAUCGACACCGUCAACCAGACAGCUGAACCGCCGACACUGGGCCAAUCCAUUCUUCAGGGAGUCUGGCAGGGUGUAGCUCUACAAUAUGCUGGGAAGAACACCGCUGCAACGCUCCUCGUCGGCGCUGGGAUAGUUGUCAAGCUGCUGUUUGACUUUAUGGCUUCGCAGGAUGCGACCAGAUGCAUGUCAACGAUCAUUGGAGUCGCUUUGGGGGUCGUCGGAACGGACUUGCUCGCUUCCCAGUUCGACCCGUACUUUUCUCCACCUAGCAGGAGCUCACGGGACAGGUCCUCAAGCAAAUCUUACCGGACGCACGAGUCUCGACACAGAUACGACGACGACAUCAAACCGCAGAGAUCUUCUCGACAACCCGACCGUCCAGCACGCUCGGUACAAUGGAGGGCUAGCGUCCAAGGAGGGAGCGUCACGACCCAACCCACCGACCCCCGACCCCAAUCCUCAGCUGCCUUUACAUCCGACAUCACGUCCGUCGAUUCAGCCACUGGGUUGAUCAGCAGUCGCAGAGCGAGUAGCAUGACGCCGCUGGAACGGGAAAUUGCGGCGCUGAGGGCUAGGGCUUCGCUGGCAGACAGCGAACGUCGACGGUGCAGGGAGGAGCGGAAGUGGGCGCUGUCGCAAGGUAACCUUGCGCUUGCGUCAGAGCUAAAGGCGAACUAUAAACGGUUCAAGGCUUUAAUGGAGGAGUGUCAUCGAGAGGCAGAUGCUAAACUGCUCGAAGACGCUAGAGAAAAGGACAUGAAGAGUGGCUACGAACAAUCCCGACAAGAUAUAUCCUCCUCCAACCUGCGCGACCAAGUAGCUCGUAUCCUUCGCGAAGAAUCCUCCAAGAACACCCCGACGACAUCAACACCCAGACCAGAGCGGCGCCAACGAAAGAUAUCUUCCUCCUCAAAACCUUCCCCUCGGACUCCCAAUCGAUAA